AUGCGAAAUGGCUGCGAUGAUCAGUUUAUGUCCGGAUUCUGUUUUCUUCUCAUAUCCAGGAGCUAUCUCCAGGGCUAUUUUCGUGACAAUGACCAUGGCCCAGGCCCCCUAUGGAUUAGCUUCGAUCGCAGCCUUCCAUCUGCGCUAAAGAAGCUCCCAAUGAUAAAAAGGCUAAGCAGUUCACCAACUAAGCUUCGCACCUUUGCAGAGUGGGGAAUUGCCGUCAAUCCUGAAAUGAUUGAUGUUACUGUGCGAACUACAGAUGAGGAAUGUGAUCUUCAAUAUGUGAUAUACGUGCCCUUUCUUGCAGACAUUGAGCAAGAAAGGACCACUUUCCUGGAAGCGACGGCCCGCAAAUUCACCGCCAGCAUUAUCUUGCAUCUCUCUAUAUUCAAGCCUACUGUCUCCAAAAUAGUUCGCUUCGAAUUUAGGAUCCCCGACUCUUCUUCUUUAUCAUAUUUUCUUUCAGCACCACCGGACGGACUUGAUAUUGGCGCCUCCCAUGAAUUUGAGACAGCCCCAGGCCCGGAAACGCGUAUACGAACGCUGCCUAUGGGUCGGCAUGACAUCUGUUUUCGCCCAUUUCCUCAUUAUUAUUUUACAGUGAUACUUGAUAAGCCUAGCUUUACCCAGGAGCCCAGUAUUAUGUUUUUCACUCUCGAGACCAACGGGGACACCGAUAUUGAGAUUACUCGGAGCGCCGGCACCCACGAGGUUGUGAGACGACUUGCAAUGCUUGCGGUGGAAGAGAACAUCCAAGAUGACGCAAGGACGCUCACACGAGAGGAACACAGGGAAUUGCUGUCUUUAUCACGAGAGGAGUAUGAGCAGAAGAUGGCCGAGUGUGGGUCAGUUUAUCAUAGACUGCCAGUAUCGCAGCCUUUCUAUGAGUAG